UGAAACGCAAAAAGCCUACCAAAAUAAUAUAUAUCUGUGCUUAUGUCUGCAGAGUCUUCUGCAGCCUUGAAGUAGUACUUCUCUUCCUAUAUAAACCCAACCAUCACUCAUUUUGGCCAUCUUUAAGUAGCUCUCUCUCUCUCUCUCUCUCUCUCUCUCCAAUACAACAAUUGCAAGUAUGAGUGGGUUGAGCUACAGAAGCCUCACAUUUAUGCUUCUCAUUGCUCUACUUCUUUGGUCAUCAAAAUUCGAGACUUGCAAUGCGAGAAGAGGGAAGCAUUGGAGGAAAAGUAGAGCUUCCUCAGGCACUCUGUUUAAGAAGAAAGGAAAGAGUCACAGCAGUGGCAACCACCACCAUAGUAGUGGAGGAUCAAAACCAAAACCUCCAUCUCACAAAGCUCUCUCACCUCCAUCUCACAAAGCUCCCUCACCUCCAUCUCCUGCACCAAAAAAGGGCACACCGUCAAGCCCGCCACUGCCGCUGCCGCCGCCGCCAGAGAAAGGUCACAAUGGUGGUGGGCACUCCGCAACCUUCAACGUGCUAGAUUUUGAAGCCAAGGGUGAUGGAAGCACCGAUGACACACAGUGAAUCGCAGGCAUUCCGAGCUGCAUGGGCUGCUGCGUGUAAAGUGGAGGCAUCAAUGAUGAUCAUUCCAUCAAAUUAUAUAUUCCUUGUGGGACCCAUUUCGUUCUCUGGUCCAUACUGUCAACCAAACAUUGUAUUUCAGCUGGAUGGCACAAUCAUUGCUCCAACGAGCUCCAAAGUUUGGGGCAAAGGUCUGCUACAAUGGCUUGAGUUCACAAAGCUAAGAGGAAUUACCAUCCAGGGAAAAGGUGUCAUUGAUGGAAGAGGUUCAGUCUGGUGGCAAGAUGCCCCUUUCGAUGAUCCUGUUGAUGAUGAAAUAGAACUCAUUGUCCCAUUAAAUAGCACUGUUGAAAAGAACCUGUCAGCACCGGUAAGAAGCCAGCUAGGGAGGAUAAUGCCAAGCAUCAAGCCAACUGCACUCAGGUUUUACGGGAGUUUUAAUGUGACAGUCACAGGCAUAACAAUUCAAAGUAGUCCCCAGUGCCACCUGAAGUUUGACAACUGCAUGGGAGUGUUGGUCCAUGAUUUAAGUGUUUCAUCUCCUGGUGACAGUCCUAAUACAGAUGGAAUCCAUCUACAGAACUCCAAAGACAUUCUAAUUCACAGCAGCAAUCUUGCCUGUGGAGAUGACUGUGUUUCUAUACAAACUGGAUGUUCAAACAUAUACAUACACAAUGUGAACUGUGGGCCAGGACAUGGAAUCAGCAUUGGAAGUCUAGGAAAGGAUAGCACCAAAGCCUGCGUCUCUAACAUUACCGUCCGAGACAUCACUAUGCAGAACACUAUGAAUGGUGUCAGAAUCAAGACAUGGCAGGGAGGAUCAGGCUCUGUGCAGGGGGUACUCUUUUCAAACAUUCAAGUUUCUGAAGUUCAAAUCCCAAUUGUGAUUGACCAAUACUAUUGUGACAAAAGGACAUGCAAAAACCAAACAUCAGCUGUGGCUCUAUCAGGAAUCAACUACGAGAGGAUAAGGGGGACAUACACGGUCAAGCCAGUGCACUUUGCUUGCAGUGACAGUCUUCCAUGUCUAGAUGUAACACUAACUGCCAUUCAGCUAAAGCCACAGCAAGAGAAGUAUCACAUGUAUGAUCCCUUCUGCUGGCAGACUUUUGGAGAGUUGAGGACUCCCACUAUACCUCCAAUAGAUUGUUUACAAAUUGGCAAGCCAUCGAACAACGGGGUUCAAUCAGAUCAUGAUAUCUGUUGAUCCUGACAAUUGUAAUUGAAUGGUAUAGACAGUUGUGUGGUCGGCAUGACAGUCGAACCCCUUUCACACCAUUAGCUAGUUAGGUAAAGCGUCCAUAUUAUGAUAGUCCUACUUUAUAG